CAACAAGAUGACAACCGGUGCAUUACGCAAUCGCAGUCAGAAUACAGUUGCGUUGCGCGGGCUGCAGUACUGUUUGCGCGCCUAGCUCAUCUCCGGGAAGUUGUCUGCAGGAUUUUUGCUUGCGAGCGCUACUAACAUUAGAUCGACACACUUCCAAACUACCCCUAGCACCCCCGUAAGUGCGCUUCGUUUAGCAAAAAGUUUUGCAGACAACUUCCACCAACGUUGCUACACGCGCAAGCAAUGGAGGAGCGCAUGGUGCGGCAAGCAGUGGCAUUGGACUGUGAGCAGGAACGAUCCGUUUCACCCGAGUGCCAAGCAAAUAACAACGGGCAGCAUCGAAAUAAGUUUGAGUGCGAGCAUUGCGUGCCCAAAAAAUACUUCCAAACAGCGCGAAAUGUGAGCGUUCACAUCCAAACGGUGCACUUUAACAAGGAAAACAAAAAGCGAAAGUGCCAAGAGUGCAAUGGGGUGUGCAAUAGCGAGAGCGACAUUCCGGCACACUAUCUACUGGCGCAUAAGGAGCUGCCGGGACCGUACCAGUGUCUCGUUUGUCCGGCAAGCUUUUACGCGACAGCAGAGUUGACGCACAAUUUCCAUGCGCACACGGAUCGUGAACGCGACAGCGUGUCCGUUGCGCUGGCAUCGCUCUGUUACCGGAUCGAAAACUGCCAGGUGAAUCAGUGCAAGAUCUGCCGGCAGAAUUUCACCACCAAGGGUGCUAUCAGGAAGCAUUGGAAGAUGCAUACGGACCGAAGGUACGUGUGCGCGCAGUGCGGACAAUCGUUUCGCGAGGAGCGACUGUAUCGCAGACACGUGGCCGAGAAGCAUCCGGCAACCAACUGCGAGCACCGCAACGACGAUGAUCUCGCAGGAAGGAAGUGCAAGGAGGCUUAAAUGGCACGGUGUACCGGCAGUUAAUGAUUUGUUCUGAGUUGGUGUUUUUGGUCCAUUUGGUCCAAAAAUUGGCAAUUUAUCUUUUUUUUUAUUUACUACGUUAAUUUUGAUUUGAUUUUAUUUAUUUAAACUGCGGACUGCCGGCACUGGCAUCAUAAAACAACUCUAGUCGCGCAGUUAGGUGUUUGAUUACUCAACGAGGAUUAAGUAGAACAGGACUGAUAAUUAUUUAUGUUGUGUAAUUGCUUAACAAACUAAUUUUGUGUACUUAUUCUUAGUCCGAGAGUAAGAAACAAACGCAAAAGAGUAGCAUGAAAAGUGUGCCCUUGUCUGUAGAAGAAAGUAAUAGAGCAAAACAAGUCGGAGGCAGAUCUCUGGUUUCGUACAACGAAACUAACCCAACAGCGUUGUUAAGCACACAACUACUUAUGAAAGUUAGAAAGUUAGCAUCACUCAUUCCGCUUUCGUCAUUCCAAAACAUCAGACGGAGAUAUUUGUUUGUGCAAUGUAUCCAAAAAGAAAAGGAUACACACUGCCAAUGAAGAGCUAAAAAAAUUAAACUAAAGUAUUUUAUUCACCAAACAUUACGUAUGCAAAAAGAGAGCAAACAGAGUGACAAAACCCCAUUGGCGGUUUCUGACGGCGCCAGGACCAACCGAAAAAUUGGGGUGUCAGAUUAGAAGAAGAAGAAGAAGAAAAAGAAGAAUAUUCGAAAAAUUAUAACUGAGAGCACCCAGUACAAGUCCAAGAAAAAAUCAAUAAAACGAAUACAGGUAUUUUUUGAACAAAUACAUAAAGCA